AUGGCUUCGUUCCAUUCAUUCAAGUUUGACCCCGAGUUCCUUCAGGUCGCUGGGCCCAUGCUCGCCAUCGCCGCUCAACGCCCGCAGCCGAAAGUGCACGAGAUCGAACUACGCCGCACCAACCUCGACACGCUUCUUCGCGGACUCGGCGUCGGACAGCCAGAGCAGCACGUCACCAAGACGACGCACACGAUCAAGACGCGCGACGGUGCCAGUAUCAUUGUCUACGAGAUCGCGCCCAAGCAGCGUCAGGAGAAUGGUGCUGCUGUGCUCCAUGCUCACGGCGGUGGCAUGCUUGGCGGAUCGGCAGACGCCUUCAUCGCCUCGGGAUCCAUCGCUCACUAUGCGCUGGCGAGCGGCCUCACCAUCUUCAGCGUCGAAUACCGCCUUGCGCCGGAACACACGCUCGAUGGGCUGGUCAAUGACUGCUACGACGCCUUGGAAUGGCUUUCGUCCAACGCGACGUCACUCGGGGUGGACAACAAGCGGAUUGGCGUGUUUGGUGAAUCGGCGGGAGGCGGUAUCGCAGCCGGCGUGGCUCUGCAGGCUCGAGACCGGGGUCUGUCGCCACCGCUGCGCAAGCAAGUGCUGAUCUACCCCAUGCUCGACGACCGCAACCUGACGCCCGAUGAGCGGCUCGUACCCACGGCGAUUUGGACGUACGAAAGCAACAUCACCGGUUGGUCGGCUCUGCUCGGCAAGGACGUGGCUGGCACGGACAAGGUCGACGAGCUGGUCAAAUACGCCGUGCCCGCUCGAGUGCACGAUCUCUCCCGUCUGCCCGACACCUACAUCGACGUCGGUCAGCUCGACAUUUUCAUCGAGGAGGAUCUCGAAUAUGCUCGAAGGCUUCACAAGGCGGGUGUUCAGGUCGAUCUCAACGUGUACAAGGGCUUGCCGCAUGCUUGGGAGCUGUUCGGUGGUCAGAACAUCUCGGUCGGCCAGAAGGUUCUGGCGGAAAGGAUUAGUGCUCUGCAGAGCAUUUAA